CAAGAUCUUUGCCGCCUUUUUGCAUUCUCCUACAAUACUGAAGUUAGCGACGGUUGCUCGGAAUAGCUUUCGCAAAGAGACUUACCGGCAAGGUUUGUAGGAAUGGGAGAAUUAAUGCCAAGCUUGUCCAUUGAAAGAGUUAGUUGGGGUGUGGAAGGAAGCUGACUUUGCUAGCCAAGCAAUUUUGAACGAGGUAAAAAUGACUGCCAAAACGCAUGAUUUCCCUGACAAAAACAUUUCGGCAGUGGUAAUGUUGCUGUUUUCUGUUAUUUCUGCUCCAUUUCAAACACUUACUGCGACAUUCAAGGCAUAUCCCCGGUUUUUAUUCUAUCAAUUGCUACAAUACUUCCUACCCAUUACUAUCUAUUCACGUUUAAACACUUGACACGGCAUCAUGGCUUCCUCAUUCUAAUUCUGUAACUCCCAACAUUCCUCGUCAAAUCACCUCCAAACUUUUCUUUCCAAAACUCAUGCAAUAUCACUUUCUAACAACAAACAACCUCUUCACGUUAUUGUGUUCUC